CUCUAUAUAUAAUACAUUCAGAGCCACACUAAUUUACCAGAGAUAGAAUAACUUCUUCAAGAUGAACAGUUUUUCGCUGAUAGCUCUUUUCCUUCUGGGCCUUAUGGCAGUAUGUAUCAGUGGGCAGUAUGGGUCAGUGCACUGUCGCGUGGGGUGUGCGUGCGCCAGUGACUAUGUGCCUCAGUGUGGUAGUGACCGCAGGACCUAUGACAACGAGUGCAAGCUCAGGUGUCAGCAGUGCUUUAUACCAGGUUUGGUGAGAUUGUUCGAAGGUCGUUGUGAAGAUCGUCUUCUCCUAGCUCCAGCUGCUCCUCUCAUUCCUCUCGUCUACUACCCAUCCAAAUAAUUAACAAUAUAUACCAGAAAACAAUUGGAAAAUAUAUUAUGUUGGCAACCAAUAAAAUUGAGAUCUCAUA